AUGGCACCAGCGCGCUGCAGCGGAAAUAAACUUUUAAUUAAGAAAAAAGGAAGACAUAAUCCCGAUCUUCGAAUACACUACACUUCCGCAGGUAAAGGCCGAACUUACAAUAGAGUAUUCAACAGAAAUAUCUAUGAAAAAUACGAGUGGAUAUGCGGAUGUUCAGUAACCAAUAAGCUUUUUUGUUUUAUGUGCUUAAUUUUCAAAAAAAAUAAAUUACGUGCGUGGAAUAAACAUGGGUUAGUUGAUUUAAAACACAUCGCAGAGAGGGCUAAGAAACACGAAAAUUCAGUUUCUCGCAUAAAAAUAGGAGAAUGGACUUUAUGUACAAAAAUUAGUAGCUCCAUCUAUUACAGAAUUAGCCGGGGUACAGAUGUAUAUCCCAAGUAUCAUUCUGGGGUUAAGUAUACCAAAGAAAAACAUAGCUUUCGCGAAAUAAUGCAAAGCUCUCCUGUAACAGAGUUACUGUGUCUCUUGCAGUAUGGGCUUUGGAUCCAUAUUGUUAAACUUUACUCGUGGGUAAAAAACAUAUUUGACAUGAAAUAA